CACUCACUACUCUUCCUUCCUUGCUUGCUUGCUUGCUGCAUAUUCUUACCCUAUGAUAUCCUUCCUCCUUCACUCACUCUAGCUAGCAAGACCGCCCAUAUAUUAUUAUUAUUAUUAUACAAUAUCACAAAAUAAUGAUGAACGCUUAUUCCAAGAUUGGUUCUACUACUACUACUACCACCCACAAAUCAAGAUCCAUUGAUUUUUCUGAAUUUCCUGCUCCUCCUCAAACACCAAGGAGUAACAACACUCAACUCGAGCAACCACCCUCCAACCAUAUUCAACAACAACCUGAUAUUAAUCAUAAUUCUUCUCCCACUCAAACUCAAGGACAGAGAUUUGGGGUCAUACUGGGUAGGAGCUGUUCGGUUUCUGCUUCUUCUCCUUCACCCUCUGGGUUUCAGGCAACAAUCAAGAGGGCAUUUUCAGUCACAAGAUCUUCAUCAGUUACAGACAGGUACUGUAGGAUCCAUGACCAGAGCAUGUCAAUACCAUCAGACAACGAAGACAUAAACAUAGAUGAUGCACCAAACAACAAAACUAACAGGAGGGGAAGAAGAGGCAAGAUCCUUAAAGCCUGUAAGCGCCUGUUUGGACUCUAGCUACUUCAUUAGUACUACUAGUAGUCCUCUAAUUAUAUUAUUAUUAUUAUUAUUAUAUUCCUGAAUAAUGAAUGAAUGAAUGAGCUUCAAUCUGGAAUUAAAUGUUGUUUGUUCA